UUAUAUUCCUUUUGUUAAAGUCAAUAAUUAUCUAUAGUGUAGAAAAAUGGAUUCACCAGUCUAUCAAGUCCUUUGAUAAAGGAUUAAUAUUAUGUCUGAUGUGAAAAAAGAAAACCAUAUCCAAGGAGUAGGUGCUGAACAAAUCAAGAAAAAAGAUUAUAAAUUAUUGGUCGACCCUCAAAUAAGAAGAGGCGAAGAAAAACUCUUUAGAUAUGAGGGAGUUGCUUAUAAUACAGAAAACCAUGGACAGGGUGUUGUUGUGUUACGAGAUCCACGACCCAGGAUGAAUCGAUUAUGGUCAAGAAGAGAGCGAUGUGAGUUACCUGUUCCACGAUAUAAGGUUGACGAGUGGUACAUCGGCGCUGUUCCUCCUCGCGAGGUCACUUUUUCUCGUCUUAAUGAUAACAUCACAAAACAAUUCAUGGAAAAGAUGUGCAUCAAGUUUGGAAAACUGGAACGUGUGAGGGUUUAUCAUCACCCAAAGACACAAAAGCACAUGGGUUUAUCUAAGGUUGUGUUUUCAUCGAUCAAGUCCGCAUCUGAAUGUGUGAAGAAACUCCACCAGACUUCAGUCAUGGGAAAUGUGAUUCAUGCACAAAUAGACUGUAAAGGUGAAAUUCUGAACAAGCUCUUCCAACGGAUAGUGAGAGGUGAGAUGAUGGCAGAAACAAUACCCGAUGUGAUUCGACAUACGCAGGAUGGCAUCACUAUGUCAAAUAAAUAUAAAGAACAACAUCAUCAUCAUCACGGUAAAAAAGAAAGGAGAAAAUCAUCGCAAGAUGAUCCCAGAAAACUAAGAAGAUCCGUAGAUGAGAAAAUCAAACCUAAUUCUCACAGAUCGUCAGAUGACAUCGAUGUUUCAGAACACAGUAAAGACCAUACUGAUCAUAUGGAUUAUAACACUCAAAAAUCUUCUCAACCAACUCACAAACAACUUGAGAAGAAAUCAAGUGUGGACACUCCUGUCCAGAGAAAAGAGAGCAGUGAACAUACUGAUCAUGAGACUGAACAUACCACUGAUAGCGAAGAAGUAAAAUCGGGAGGACAGCGUGUUUGGUCGUCAGAUCUCGAAUCUCGUAUAAGCUCUUUACUUUACGAACAAACAAAAAAAUACAAUCUUGAUGAAGUGCCGUCGAAUAAUUCCACCAAGCCUUCAAAGUCCAAAGACGAUGACCAAUCUUCCCACUCGUCGAGGAGGAAAGACAAAAAAUUGUCGAAAAAAUCAAAACGGAGUAAAAAACACUCGAUUGAUUCAUAUGAUUCAAAUACAAUGGACUCUCCUCAUCACGCCCCUUUAGAACGAGCACGAUCGUCUGAGAGAUCUAGCACUAAGCGAGAGAAAAACAGAAAAAAUUCAGUUCCGAAUUCUCCUUUACCCGACCCAUUUUCGAGACAUUCUCCUCCGCCUAGAGACUUCGUGUCACCUCCGAGAGACUUUGAUCAAGGUUCGGGGACCAGUAGGGAACUGCCUUACCCACAUCACGAUAGAGAUAUUAUAUCUCAUGAUAGACGCGAUUCUAGAUCGAGAAGUCCUGGACGAAAUACACAAUUUUUUAACCCCCCACCUCCUCACAGGUUUUAUGACGAAAGGGAUAGAUUUACUCCUCCUUUAUAUCAUAACCGACAUCCUGUCAGUCCUCGGCAUUCGCCUAGGUUCGGUCAAGAUCACAGGAUUCCUGAUAGAGAACGGUUUGACCGGGAUUUUGAACGUUUCGAAAUGUUCCGAGGGGAAGAUAGAGACUUUCAUAGACGGGAUGAUUUUCCGUACAGAAGACGUGAUAUGUCUCCCCCACCUAGGGGAAUGCCGAGCCCUCCGAGACGACAUCGAGGGCAUUCCCCUGGGGCUCGGCAUUCCCCUGGUAGGUGGUUACCCCCUGAUCGGUUUUCUAAUCAUAUACCACCUCAUCGUCGGCAUUCACCCCCGCCACACAGAGACUUUUACCCCAACCCAUCUCGGGAUAGGAGUCCCAGACCGUUCAGGCGUACCCCUAGUCCUGAAAGAAGACGCUUUCGUACUCCUGAUGACAUGCGACAACGCCGAGAACCAAUCCAUGAACGACGUAGACGUAGCCGAUCACCAAGUCCAAGACGACGCCAAAGAACACGAAGUGGGGAAGAACGAGUAAAACCAAGAAGGAAAUCAUCGGACGCCAGUUCACCAAAGUUAUCUCUUGACCAGAGACUUCAGCAGAUGACUGGAGAAAAAGUAAAAUCGGAAUCGAACGAAAAUCAUCUGGUCAAACCAAAGGAAAUUGAUAAAGAUAACGAGAAAUCCGAGGACGACGAUUCUAACUGUGAGCAUAAUUCCGUCGACAUGGAAAUCUCCGAAGGUGAAAGCGAAAGUGAAAAAGCUAACAGAGAUCAGGAGAGUUUAAACGCUAAACAGCAACUACAACAACAAGAAGUAAAUAAUUUCCAACUUCCAACAGGACAUCUUCCGAACCAAGAACAAUGGAAUUUUAACAAAGAAAUGCCAUGGAGCAGUUUUGAUCCGAGUAUCAGCAUGCCACAACAUAUGGAUACAAGAAUGUGGAAUCCAAUGCAACAAAAUUUCUUCAAAGGUUUUCAACAAGAUCCCAGAUUUCCACCACCAUUUCCUUCUGGUUCCCAGUUUCCACAAAAUCGUUGGCCAGAUGCUUUUCAUCCCGCGAUGCGUCAUGCAGGCGUGUCGCAUCCAUUUAACGUCAGACCAAACGUACCUCAAACUCAUCUCGGCUCAAACGAAGAGCCUCGACCUGGAAUGUCCAACGACGAAAUCCAAAGAAGGUUCGAAGACUAUCAGUUAUCCAAGCAUGUUCUCGAUGACGUCGUACAAGACUUGAAAGCGAUUGUCAGUCGUGAUUUGAAUCGGAAAGUUAUUGAAACAAUGGCUUUUAAGGUAUAUGAAGCUUGGUGGGACGAAAAUGAAAACACUAUUGUUAAGAAGCCUGCUAUUCCUAAAGUAUCAUCGUCAUCGGCAUUAACUGACAAAAAUACGACUAACGAAAACAAUGUCACUGUCGACGAAUCGAACAAAGAAAAUAAGACCGCGGCUUCGAACGCUGGAAACAGAUCUCUUUUGAAUACUUUCGAUCCUCUCAAUUGGGCUAAAAACUCGUUCGAGAUGGACGGCUUUAGAGUUGGGCUCGGGCUCCGUUCGGCAAUAUCAAAAAUGCCCUCUUUUAGAGUCAAAAAACGUUCCCGUACUCCAACACCUCCAAGAGAGAAUCUCGAAGAUUCAGAGGUUGCUGUUAGCAAGAAGUCUAGAAAGUUACAAGACAAGGAAAAUCAAGAACAACCAAGAAGAAGGUCGAAAGAUAAGAAAUAUCACAGAAUUGCUUUGGAUAGUGAGGGAGAGGAUGAGGAGGAAGAAGAGGAGAAUCUGAGUGAGGAGGAAGAGAGUGCAGAUUCUGAAGCUGGAGAGAAAGAGAAAUAUACUGUUCUUGAUGUCGACGAGAUCUUCAGCGAGUCAUCAGAAAGUAGUGACGAAUCUGAUUCUGAUAUUGAAAGCGAAAAAGCAGCAGAAACAUCUGAUGAAUCAGAAUCAGAAAACGAAGCUUUAUCUAAAGAGAAAAAAGAAAUCUCUAAUUCGAAACCAAUUAUACCUGACAUUGAUGUUGAAACUGUGGAUGAAGAUAAUAAAGAGAAAGAAAAAGAUAGAGAAAGUGAGGAGGAGAAUAAAAAUGAAAAAAUGGAUACCGAUGAAAAUAGUAGACCGUCAAUUUUGGACGGUAAACCACCUAUACCAAAGCCAAUCGAAAAAUUACAAUUACCAAGCGAAGAUCCAAACCUUGCUGCCUCAUUGCUGUCACCUACUGCCCAUGGUAUUUCACCGAACAGUGCAAUCACUCCUCAACAAUUACGUCACGUUCAUCCAAAGAAAAGACACAGACUAUGGUCACAAGAAGCCUUCUCGAAGAUUCCUGACAAUAAACUCACUACAGAUGAUGAAUUCUCAUCGGCCAGCAAUAAAGAGAAAACACUCAUGGAUACACAACUCACUCCUGAAAGAAAAUUGUCAACGUACUCAGAUUCAUCUCCCGCUCCUGGCACUCCUAAGACUCCAACUACACCACAAAAAUUAUUUCCAACUACCAGAAAACUCGACGAAAAACAAAGCGGCUCGAGUCCACAAAAGGACCUCGAAGCUGUCGCCAAAACACUCUUAUCUAUCGGAAAAACUAUACCCCCAAUUUCGCCAACCCCAGAUUCUACCUCACAGCCUAUUACGCCCGAAAAGCGUAAGAGUACUUUGAAUUCGUCGACAGGCGAAGAUAAAGCACGCAUGGCUGAAUUAGCGGAAGAACACAAUUAUUUUGUUCCGUCGUAUGGUCCCGCAAGUCCGCAUCCAACACUCGACCCAAUGGUUUCUCAAAUUUUGGAAGAGCAUUGCUACAGUCGACCCGAAUCAGAGCAGAUAUCGUUGGAUGUCGAUCGUGUGAAAGGAAUUUCAAGUCCUCUAUCUGUAUCGACAUUGUCUGUGUCAUCUGUUUACAACUUUGAUGAUGAAUCAUCAGAGGUUAUUUCUGCUGCGGAACGAGUGAAAUUAAGGCGUGUCAAACCAAAAGACAAAAAACGAGGACAAAAAGAAAAACGCUCUGUGCAACGGCCAGUUGUUCAGUUCUCUCCUCGAUCAGAAGUCGACGAAAUGAUGAUUUUAUAUGAAAUGUGGUAUAACGGACUCGACUUAGAAGACAUGAAGUAUCUUCGAACUGUAUAUGAAGGGUAUUUAGAAAAGUCUAACAGCCCUGCAUGGGUUAACGAUUCACAUUGGGUAGCUCAUCCAAUCACAAAUAUACCUACUGUGUCAUCAUCGAAACGUAGAAAAUCGAAACGAAAAAGUAGAUCCGAUAAAUCAACUAUAGAAGAAGAAGAUGAAUGGCAUAAAACUGGAUGUGCCAGAACCGAAGGCUAUUACAAGCUCAAAGAUUUGAUCAAGCUGCGUCAGAGACAAGAAAUGUACGGCAAAGGAAACACUAGAACGCCCGCUCAAUCGACGAAACAGACUUCUUCAAAUAAAGUGUCCGAACUUACAAGCGGAGCGCAAAGUUGUCUCGACAAGAAUCCUGGAUCUCGUGAGACUCGGCAUUUUAUGAGACGAAUAGCAUCCGAAGUUGGAGCUGAUGUCGGAGACUUAUUUAAAUACAACCAACUUAUGUUCCGUAAAAAAGCUGUUAAAUUCAAGAGGAGUAGUAUCCAUGGAUGGGGCUUAUUUGCCCAAGAAGCAAUUGGUGCUGACGAAAUGGUCAUUGAGUAUGUCGGACAAGUCGUUCGCACUUUGGUUGCGGAAAGGAGAGAAGUUAAUUAUACGGAACUCGGAAUUGGUAGUUCCUAUCUUUUCCGGAUCGACUCCGAGCACAUCAUUGAUGCGACAAAAUGUGGGAACUACGCCAGAUUUAUGAACCAUUCGUGUAAUCCAAGCUGCUACGCCAAAGUGAUCACUGUCGAUACUGCGAAGAAAAUUGUUAUCUAUUCAAAAGGACCAAUCAAAGAAUCUCAGGAGAUCACUUACGAUUAUAAGUUUCCUUUGGAGGACGACAAAAUUAUGUGUUUCUGUGGUGCUGAAAACUGCCGACGCACUCUUAACUAGUUUUUGUUUACAUUUUCGUUGUUUGUCAAAAAAAUUUUCACCUACUUCUGUUGGUUUUAGUAUUGUUGAAAAUUGAGGAAAAUUUUUUGACAAAAACCUUCCUUAUUUUUUUAGAGUAUGAGCAUGGUUGUUAUUUAUACCUAUGAACUUACAAUUUUUUUGCAAAAAAAUGUUUUCAAAAUGA